AUGAUUUUUAAAAUAUUCAGAGUGAUACUAAUUAUACUUUCACUCAUGUGCUGCAUUUUGGAGAUUUUUGCAGUAACAGGAUCUUAUGAUAACAAAAAAUACCUCACUGAUACCUACCUAAUCAAUUUCCACAUUGACAGCUUGGAUUUAACAAAGCUCAUUGAUGCCAGUGGUAUAACAAAGAGAGAUGGUGUGGGCUCAAAAAUGGUUUCCAUCAACCCAAGACAAGGUACUCCAACUAAAAGAGCUCCUGCGGAAUCUGGAUGGUACUAUGUUCCUGGUGGUUCAAGUGCUCAAAGUGGUUCAUCUGCCACAGCAUCUGCUGCUGCUGCAUCGGGUUCUGCUAUAAACUGGUGGAGUCCUGCUGAAUCUGGAAGUGCUACAAGUUCGGGAUCUGGUUCUACUAGUUCUGGUUCAUCUGGAACCGAUUUGUCAAGCUCUGGCAGCACAAGUGGUGGAUAUUAUACUACAGUUUCUCAAGCCGUUCAUAGUUUGUUGAGCAAUGUCAAUCCACAAGUGUUGGGAAUGGCACAAGUUUAUUCUGUUGGUUUCUGGGGUUAUUGCCGGGGGUAUGUUGUUCAAGACGAUAACAAGAAAACUAAAAAGUUCGACAACAGUAAUGUUAACUACACUUGGUGUUCUGAACCAAAAGCCUCCUUUUUCUUUGAUCCAGUGGAAAUAUUAAAAAAAGAGAUGAACAACACUCUUUAUGGAAUUCAGGUGGAUUCUCAAGCUGCUGGUAUAAGUCAGUUAUCUUACACUCAGAAAAGUGAAUUGAAAGUGUUGAUUGAUCAUUUGGACGUAGAUGAACUAAAUCUUCCAGGGAACAUUAACGGCAAACUACAACAAUUGCACAAUUUGACCGAUGCGUCCUUUGGAUUGUUAAUGGCAGUCGCAGUCUUAUCAUUUGUUUCAGUGUUGAUUCAAAUGCUUGCAUUUUGUUUCUCCCCAGAAAAGUGUUGCUUAUCGUUUUUGAACUUUUUAUUUGAAUGUACUAUUGGUUUAAUUGCCUUUGUUGGGGCAAUUAUUGUCACUGCUACUUAUUCGUACGUUAAAGCCCAGGUUAAUGGCAAUCUGGAUACUUACGGUGUCAAAUCGUUCUUGUCAAUAAACUUUUAUGCAUUUGUCUGGUCAGCAGUAGUUGUGUGCAUCUUGGUCGUCUUUUUCAAUUUAUUGGGUCAUUGCUGUGGAUUAUUUGGAACAAGAAGACAUUAUAGAACAGUCAGAAACCCCCAGCCAGACGCUGAACAACACAAAGAAGAAACUGACAGUGACUAA